UUUAUGCUUUGCGGUGGUUUAUAGAGAAAUAUCAGUGAAUUAAAACUGAUAAUUUCACUGUUCAAACAAUGAAAAUUAUCAGUGAAAAUUAUCGAUAAUUUUCACUGUUUUACCGGAACUAUUUUUUUUACCCCAUUGUGACCCCCACGCAGUCUUCCACCAAGAAAGAGAACUCUUCAAUGAAUAUUUAUAUCAACUUACGGAGUAACUUCCCUUGAACAUACAUGUACACACUGUCGUCUGCUUUUUAAGCCUUUACUCUGAAACUUAACAAUGAAUGAAAUGGAAAACGAAGAAAUUAAUUUUAUGUUCUCGGAUAUUUUUGAUUUUGAAGAUUAUUUUAAUGAAAAUACAGAAAUUCUUAAUGAGACAUCAAGUUUAGCAGAAGAAACAACAGCAACAGUAUCAACAGCAACAGUAUCAGCAGCAACAAAAGUACCAGCAACACUGUUAUCCAUAACAGAAACAAACCAAACUUAUAGAAGGGCUUCAGAAACAAUUUCUGCUGGGAUACAGUCAUCAACAGCCACUGCAGUAAAAACGGCCACAGCAACAACAAUGAAACGGCAGUUUCGAGAAGUCAAUAUUGACAAUUUCCUGAAUGAAAAUGAAAAUAUGAACACCAAAAAGAAAACAGUAAGUGACAUGAAACUCUUCAACCAAUUUCUUCUUCACAAACAAGACUCAAGAAAUGUUGAAAAUAUUCCUGCGCAUGAUUUGAACAAUUUGAUUUGUGAAUUCUUGUUGGGUGUCACCAAAAAAGAUGGAAGUGAGUACGAGCCCACAACACUGCGAGGCAUCAUCGGCUCAAUUGACCGCUAUUUAAAACACAAUAACAGUAACAUAUCACUCAUGAAUGACAAAGAAUUUGCCAAAGUCUGGGAAGUGAUGAAAAGCAAACAAAAGGCAUUGAAAAAACAAGGCUAUGGGAAUAAACCCAGAGAGGCUGUGGCACUAACAAAAGAGCACAUCGAGGCAAUGUAUUCAGCCCAGACACUAGGAGAUUCUAGUCCCAGAGCCUUGAUUCAUUCGUUGUGGAUGAUCUGCACAACCCAUUUCGGCAUGAGGACGGGAAAUGAAAUACAUAAACUCUGCUGGGGGGACGUUACACUUGGUGUUGAUUUUGAGUCAGGCGAGGAAUACAUCACACGCGAUACCGAGCGCCAGACCAAGACCAGAACAGGGGAAAAUCCAAGAAAUACCAGGUCAGUCAAACCAAGGGCUUAUGCAGUCCCCGAAGAGCCCAACAGAGACCCAGUUCAUCUGUAUAAGCUGUAUGCAGACAAACGGCCGGUGGAAAUGAGAGGAGAUGACAGUCCGUUCUUCCUUACACCAUGCAACAGCACACAGCUUGGCUGGUUCAGGAGGUCAGCAAUUGGUAUAAACAAGCUGUACGGCAUCAUGGCAGAGAUGAAGGCGGACGCUGGGAUAACAGAGCCCAGAAUCACCCCAUACAGUGCAAGAAAACACUUAAUCCAGACAUUAAAUGAUGAGAACAUCCCGGCUCACCAGAUCGUACAUAUUUCAGGCCACAAAAAUGUCAAUAGUCUAAAUAACUAUAGUGGGAUAAACAAGGAUCAAUCAAAACAGAUUUCAAAGAUCCUCUCAGUCUCACAUUCAAACCAAACUGCUGUAGCAAAGCAGAAUCUUUCUCCAUCUGCAACUGCAACCACGUCAAUGAGUGAUUUACCGAUGGGAAGAGGAUUCUUUGUAAACUCAAAUUUCCACGGCAACGUUACUUUCAAUUUUCACAGCUCUGAAAUGGGUCUGUCCCAGAAAAAUGUGUUCAAUCAACAAGUAAAAUCUCCAACACCAACGCCGGAUGUUUCGCCUGAUUUUCCUGAUCAACCACGCUACAAGCGUAUCCGUAUGAUUCCAGACAGUGAUAGCGAUUAA